CGGAAGAACGGUUGUUAUUAGCCCACUGAGUGCGACAGUAGCAUCCGCAGCUCGUGAGCAGGAUUUAAAAACAAAACACACGUAAACACAUUUAAACAUCUUUAUUCUGUUGCUGAUUCCGGAAGCUGCAACUUCACCUUUUAAUCACAUUCAGCAACAGGAGCAUCUCGUCCAGCCGCCGUCAUGGGGGAAGUGGAGCUGUCCUGUCGGGCCUACGUGAAGAUGUUCCUGCACGCGUCCCUGUUCCCACGGUGCAGCAUCAACGGGCUGCUGCUGUCGUCCAGCUCGCCAGGGGGCGCUGUGUGCGUGACGGACUGCGUGCCGCUGCUGCACGCGCACCUGCCCCUGGCCCCCAUCACCCAGCUGGCCCUCACACAGGUGGACGUGUGGUGUUCGCAGACGCAGCAGAGGAUUGUGGGAUACUAUCAAGCCAACGCCUGUGUGACAGACAGUAGCCCGACGCCGUGUGCAAUGAAGAUCGCCGAUAAGAUCGCUGAGCAGUUCGAUAAUGCUGUUCUGUUAAUGCUCGACAGUAGUAAGAUGUCUGCAGACUGUCGGGUUCCUCCCAUCGUGAUGUAUGAGCGCAAAGACUCCAGAUGGCUGCUCAAAGACAAACACACGAUAAUGCUGCGGCAGUGGGAGGAGACUCGGGCGAUCGCCGGUCAGAUGCUGGAGGCGGGCGAUCACAUGCAGCUGGUGGACUUCGAUAGUCACCUGGAUGACAUCACGAAGGACUGGACCAAUCAGAAACUGAACACCAAGAUCGCAGAGCUGGCGUCGCCGGCCAACGGGAACAUCUAGAACUGAAGCAGCCGUUUUUACCAGAGUGCGGAUUUAUUUAUGAUCUGACCCGUCGUCCUCUUUAUUUACAAAUGUGAUUUUCCUUUUCUUUUUUUAUAACCUGAAAAAACAGCACAUGUUCAACACCAGAGUUUAGGAAGACGUUUAUUUGUAAUGCUUUUUGUCAACUGAACAGAGACAUGACAUAGAACAAGCUUGAGUAAGAAAAUGUUUAUAGAUCGAUAGAUGAUCUGUGUGUAAUCCUUCUCCCACCCCACCCCCCCCCCCCCCCUCCUGUCAGACUAUGCCUUGUGGUCCAGACCUGCUGAUCUGAAGGAGAAAUCCACAUUGCUAUUCCCACAGAUAUGAACAUGAAGCGGCAGAGCUAGACAAAAUAUGAUAAACACGUUACAGUAGGAAAGUCCUGCAGCAGGUUGGGUCUUUUGAAGCUCAGAAAUGUGAGAAGCAGGUGAUGAUUCAGGUCGAACCUUCAUGAACGUCUGAAUCGAACUGGAUUAGUUUCAGCUACGUGUUCCUAAUGAACUGAGCAUCUAGCAUCAUGCGGCCCACGCCUCCUCUAAACUCCUGUUAAGUGACGUCUUGAAAUUUCAAACAUUUUUCUGUGACUCACUGGGUCGCUGCCUUUGGCAUCUUGCAGAGUUUCUUUUCUAAUGUGAAGUUUGGAAAGCGUGUCGCGUGGUUUGAAAGAGGAAACGUGCCACACAGGAUGUGACCUUUCCCCGUUUCUCAACUCUGAGCUUCAACAGACUGGUUUCCCCGCAGGGCAGACGUCUUCACUUCAACAUGUUUUCUGAUCGCUUGUUAUCCAGAAGCCGUCAGAACAGACACUGACGGUAAACCUUAAAAAUGUCUGAACCAUGUCAGAGUUCAGUGCAACUUUUAAAACACUAUGAUCAAGUUUCACUCCUUUAUAAUAUUAACGUAGUAAUAACAAUAACUCCUAAAAUGCACUGAAAUGUAGGCUGCUUUUUUCUGCCUGUUUCAUCAACAGUGAAACUUUAUUAAAGGACGACAGUCGA